AUGGCCGCCUCGCAUCAGCCCUACGCCGCGGAACUGGACCUUGCCCUUCGCGUCGUACACAAUGCCUCGAUGCUCACGAAAUCGGUGCUGCGAUCACUGAAGAACCAUGUCUCCGCCGAAACCAAGGCCGACUCGUCGCCCGUGACCAUUGCCGACUUUGCAGCCCAAGCCCUGCUCAUCAGCUCCCUCCACGCCGCGUACCCCAGCGACAGCUUCCUCGGCGAGGAGAGCGCGGAUGCGCUGCGCUCCAACGACGCGCUGGCGGACCGAGUAUGGGAGCUUGUGCAACGCGCAAAGCAGCUCCAUGCAGCGCCGUCUCAAACGGGCGAUGCGCACAACGCCAAUCCCGAGGUUCCCGCAUUGACGUUCCCUGCAAGCAAGGAGGACAUGUUCGAUCUUAUUGACCUCGGCGGCAACGGCGAGCAGACGCGUUCUGGCAGAGUGUGGAUCAUGGAUCCCGUCGAUGGCACGGCGACGUUCAUGCAGGGCCAGCAAUACGCCGUGUGUUUGUGCUUGCUGGUCGACGGUAAGCAGGCUGUUGGCGUGAUUGGGUGUCCGAAUCUGGCCUUUGAUGUUCACGGACCGCUGGGACAGAGCAGAGUGCACGAAGAUCUCGUUGACGAGACGGGCUAUGGAGUUGUGCUGUCUGCGAUCAAGCAACAGGGCACGUAUGUGAGGGGUAUGACGGAAGGUGGGUGGGGGGAAGCGAGGAGAGUUGACUUGACGGAGUUACCGGAGAAGGAACUGAGUCAGCUGAACUUCGUCGAGAGCACAUUGGGCAAGACAAGUCUAUCGCAAGAAGAGCACAAGGCCGUCUGCGAAGAGCUUGGUGCACAGUGGCCAGGGACCGUCAUCUGGGCGCAGCAAGUCAAGCACGUCGCGCUUGCACUGGGCUCUACAGAUGUCAUGGUCCGCAUUCCAAAGACGGUCGACAGAUUCACAUGUGUGUGGGACCACGCCGGGGGUCACCUCCUCUUCACCGAGGCCGGUGGACUGAUCAAGGACUUCAACGGUGGAGACAUUGACUUCAGCCACGGCCGGCACAUCGCAGGUGAGCGUAACUACGGCAUGAUAGCCGCGCUGCCAUCCGUGUUCGAGAAGGUGGAGCGGGCCGUGAAGGACAUCCUCGCUCGGAGACGGUAG